CGUGCUCGAGUGCACAAAACUAGCAGAACUAAAUGCGUGUGCGCGGAAUUUCGACAUAUUUUCGAAAGGAAAUCGUUUUUUUUCUCUUCGAGAAACCAGUAAUAUUGAACUUGGGCCACGUUGUCAAGCGGACUCGGCACUGUUUUGCUCCGGCCGCCCGAGCCGAAUGUCUGUCUGCAGGUGGCGCUUCGCUGUCGGAGAAGCUCACGGACAAACUCCGCGCUUUUCGGCGCGUUUCAGCGCAGAGAUUUCGCAGGGCAUUAAUGCGAGGUCGAGCUGCGCGCAGUGCCUGAGCGCGGAGACCGCUGUGUAAAUAAAACAAUGGGUCUCUCUAAUGAGGAUAUGGGCCAGUGAACGUCCCCGCCGCCGCGCCAAAAGAAACCGCCGUGUGUCGCGCGACCGAGCGAGCCGAGCGACGCCGGACCGAGCGACAGCCUGCAGAUCAUAUAGAUACUACUAGCAUUGCAACUUUAAGAUACCAAGAAGAGUGGGAAGAUGGUGGUUAGAUACGUUGCCAUCCUGCAUCUUCAGACUGUCUUCCUGUUAGGGAUUGAGACCUUGGCAGUACUGGGACAUGCUCCCACGUCGGAAGCCCCCCGACAGGGCCCCCACUUCACGAGCUGCCUCUCCCGGGAGCAGGAGACCUUCCGGUGCUGGUGGAGCACCGGAAGCUUCCAGAACCUUUCACAGCCUGGCGCCCUGAGGGUCUUCUUCCUGAAGGAGAACUCCAUCUCCAGAAACUGGACGGAGUGCCCCGACUACACCCGCUCCGUGCCAAAUGAGUGUUUCUUCAACAAGACCUACACGUCCAUCUGGACGUCAUACUGCGUGCAGCUGCGGUCCGGUGCCCAGAACGUCACGUACGAUGAGCGCUGCUUCAGUGUUGAGAACAUCGUGCACCCAGAUCCUCCGAUUGGACUGAACUGGACGCUGCUGAACGUGAGCCGAUCCGGGCUCCACUUUGACAUUAUGGCGCGAUGGGAACCCCCGCCUUCGGCAGAUGUGAAAACCGGCUGGAUGACACUGGUGUACGAAGUUCACUACCGGGAAAGGAACUCCUCGCGCUGGGAGGUGCUGGACUUGGAGAUUGGAACCCAGCAGUCAAUAUUCGGCCUGCACACCAACAAGGAGUACGAGGUUCGGGUGAGGUGCAAGAUGCGGACGUUCAGAAACUUUGGGGAUUUCAGUGAAAGCAUCUUUGUCCACGUGUCACAGAUACCCAGUAAAGAGUCCACCUUCCCUGUUACCCUUGUGUUCAUCUUUGGAGCUAUAGCAGUGGCGAUUCUCCUCAUCCUGGUCAUCUUCUCCCAACAGCAGAGGUUAAUGGUGAUUCUGCUGCCUCCAGUACCAGCUCCCAAAAUCAAAGGGAUUGAUCCAGAAUUGCUGAAGAAGGGCAAACUGGAUGAGCUCAGCUCAAUUCUCAGCAGCCACCCUAUCUACAAGCCAGAGAUGUUCCACGAGGACCCCUGGGUGGAGUUCAUCGAGUUGGACCUGGAUGGAAUGGAAGCAGGAGAGAAGAUGGGGUGCUCAGACACACAACGCCUGCUGGGAGUGGGUGCGCAGCUUGGCUCCUCGCAUGGUCUGGGUGUCAAGGACGAUGACUCAGGCCGCGCCAGCUGUUACGAACCUGAGCUACCGGAGGCUGACCCUGACACCCUGGCUGCUAUCUGCCUGGCGCAGCACGAGAAGGGUGCUACCUCUCUGCUGCCACAAUCCAACCUUUCUGCCACCACUGCAGGGGGCACGCCUCCUGACCCUGACCCUGCCCCUAUCCGAGAUCCUAUCCCUUGCCCCACCCACAGGCCAGAAAGUCGACCUCUCGUCCAAACCCAGCUCAGCACCCACAGCUGGAUCAACAUGGACUUCUAUGCUCAAGUGAGUGAUGUGACACCCACGGGUGGGGUCAUGCUAUCACCCAGCCAGCAAAGCAGAGUCACAGAGAAAAUUCCAGUUGAGAAGAAAGAGGGGCAGGAUGCUCAAGUCCCAGAAAAGGAGAAUGUAGGAGAGCAGCAGAAGAAGGCAGAAGGCAAGAAGAGGUUCCAGCUAUUGAUUGUCACCCCAGAGGAAGGGGCUUACACUUCAGAGGUGGAUGCCCAGAAGGUCAGCAGUGGCUACUCCCAUGAAAAGAGCUGCGAGGACAGCAUCCCACAGACCAUACAGCCGCCUGCAAAGAAGAUCAGCCAGGAGGCAUGUCAACAGUUGGGAGGUCCCACUGGGGAUUAUCAGAGCCCCUACUUAUUGCCCCCACCCAUCCCGGUGCCCCCAGUCUCAGACUACACUGUGGUACAGGAUGUGGACGCACAGCAUAGCCUUCUGCUGAACCCCACCACCACCGUGACCGCCACCCCGGCCCCCACCCCAACCCCCACCCUCACCAAGCCUUCACCAGCGAUGGCAGUCGGGUACCUCUCACCUGACCUCCUUGGGAACCUUCCCCUCUGACAGUCCCAUAUGCACGAUGGAGCAGAGGACACAGAGAGCUUGGAAUGUCACAGAAAAGUAAACAAAUCAACAAACGAACGCAUGCACAUGCAUGCAGAAAGGCACACGCAAAUCAAAGGCCCACAAACACUCACCGCCAGACUGCAUUUGAAGCGGGAGUUGAGGAGCCUGGGAGCCAGAGAGCCCGGGAGCCAGCCAUGUAGUCGGCAUGACAUCGACUGGAACUUUAAGUAACAGAGCUAUGGUCUCCCUUCCUUGUCCUGGAAGAUCAGAAAUCAUCUGUAGACCACCUGUUUUUCAGGAUUAAAAUUUCAAAAACUUGUACACAAAAGGGUUGAUAUCUUACAGUUGUGCUCAUUGUGGAAUGUUUUCAGUGGAGAGCGAUGCUGUUAAAGGGAGACAACCAUUCUUUAGUGACAGAAAUAAUCCCCGACUCUUUUGUUUUUAAUUGCAUAAAAAGUGUUUACAAAACUUUAACAUACAAUAAUUUUGUUGUAUGUCGUGUUACUCUUAAGUAUAGUGCAGUAAAAAGUUUUAAACUGUGAUUCACUGUUUCCACUUAAACAAUCUAUCACCCUACUUGUAAUGACAUUUCGGGUGGUAUUUUACAAAGGAGUUUUUUGAAAUGAUGUUGACGAACCAUAUUGUCUUAAUUUUACUCACAUCAAUGAAAUGAUGUCUGCUUGUGGAAAGGAAAGAUCCAUUGUAGCAAAACCAUGUUGUGGCAAUGUGAAGAAAAUGGUACAUCUUCUUGGGGUACAGUGCUGUGAAUUAUUGGUAAGGCAUUUAUUCUGCAUGCAAAAAAUUAAAAUGAAAAACCAAACAAACUUCUUAGGGCAAAAGUCUUAUUGUGAGUUAUGAACUGUGGUCACAGUAUUUCACUAAGAUGCUGGCUCAGCUCGGUAUCGAACGAACACUGAGCGUGUGUAUGUGCGUAUACAGUGGCUGCGACUAUGAACUGGAAAAAGAGUAUUUUUUCAUUUAUUUUUUUUUAAACGAAAAAGAAAUCACAUUUUGUCUUAAUAUACUGACACCUGUAACAUGGGCAGAGUUCUGCCACCAACCACUGUGUUGUUUUGGCUUCAAGAAAGAAGCGCUACUCAAAGUGCGCUCGAUUCAUGGAAGUAAAGAGAUUGAUUUGCACCCUCAGCGUCACGUCCCUGUUGACAAUGUUUUACCACCUGUUCAAAUGCAUGCUUCACAACGCUGUCGCAGGUCAACCUGUUAGUGGUGUAUCUCUGUGAUCCAAAUCAGAUUUGGACUUUACACAGUGGACAAGAGUGGCAUCACUCAUCUCACGUGAUAAUCUUAUUUAGUUAGCACUAUGAGUUCUGUAGAAGGCAGAAGAAUCGAUAAGAUAAAGGCUAUAUUAACUGAACAACUUUUCUGGUCAAUUACAGCACAUCUUGCCUUAAAGUAGCAUAAAUAUCUUUAAUCUUUUUCCAUUCUGUAUGUAUUCUGAAGUAAUUCUGAACUGCAUUGUAUUACAGCUUAAAAGAUUUUACUUUUAAAAAUCAACUUCUCUUUUUAUGCUGACAGAAUAAAUGUAUAAAUAUUUAAAUAAGCUAUAUAUUAUUUAUCUCUAAAAGAAAUGUAGGAUAGGUUAAAGUGACUAAGCUGAAAUGGAUGGGCUGUUCAAUACACUUGUUUUAUUUGAUGAUUUUAUUUACUGAUUAAUCGCUACUUUUUCAAAUCUAUAUUGGGUUUUAUUCGAUCACUAAGCCAACCUGUCCCUGUCUGGAAGCAGCAGACGUUAUGGGACGAGUUGCGCAGCCUUACUAUUCAUCAGCUAUGAAUUGUAAUACAUGCAAUCUUACACGACCUUGACUGAAAAAGGAUUUUUAAUGUUUGAAUAUGUGAUGGAUAAAGAGGUUAUUGAAAUUUGUGUGUAUGUUUAUGUUUUUGUUAUUUUUGUAAUUUUUCAGUGUGUGUUGUAAAGAGAAGCUGCAUAUCUUCACGAUAAGGAAAUACGUGGAUUUGCUCUUGCGGUUGUACCGAAUCGCUGCAUUGACUGCACAGGCUGCUCAUUCUGCUGUACUGUUCUUCGUACAGUUUCUUUCUUGGUAGCACCUCUACCUUACAUAAAACAAGUGCAUAAACAGAUACUUAAAUAAACGCUGCUGCUACUGCUGCUGCCAAAACAAUAUGUCAAUGUUGUACAAAGAAAUGUCUUAAUAUAUCAUUUUAGUUUUGUAAAGUAUCUAUUUGAGCAUAUGUUGUAUUCCAGUGUAUGUUUUCUGGUAACCAGACUUUUAUAGCUUUAAAAAUUGUUUAGAUGUGUAACCCUAUGUGUAUGAAGUAGCAUAUAUAAGCACUGAACUAUGUAGAGAAGUUCAGGUUAGUUGUAUUUAACCUCAGUAAGAAGUACUAAUCUUUUGUUAGUGAAGUUUUUUUUUUUCCUGCCAUAAUGAACCAUGUAGUUUCUACCGACUUGGCAUAUGGUUUUCGGGAGCUUUUGCCCUAAAUACUUACAAGCAGCAACAUGUUUCAACUUGGGAAGAAUAUCAAAUAUGCAUCAGGCUGAGCAAGCAAAAUCCAAAUUUACUGACAUUGAUGUAAAAUCCAUAUUAUAGCUCUUCAUAUAUUUUUGUUGAA